UAAGGACUCGGGAGAUAAAAGAGGGUUUAGGAAACGAGUGACUUUCACUUUCCUUUCCUGUACAGACCGGUUAAUAAUAAAUCCCGCAGUAGCAGACGCUCAGUCUGGGCCAGUAGCCGCAUGUUGCUAGGCAGGAGCGCAGCCGGGCUCUUGUCACGCCUAGUAGCCACCGGGCCAGCUGUAGGGCUAAUACCCAGGAGCUGUUUUAUAGCCAAAACUCACAGCCGUAUCAUGAGCACUUAUCAGAGCCACUGCGGGGCAGAUUGGGGCCACAGAGUCUUUGCAGUGGAUGCCAGCCCCAGCCUGGGCCACCCUGAACCCUUUUAUUUCACAGCACUGCACAGUAAGGAUCAGGCUUCUGCCAACUGCAAUGAGUGGCCAAUGCUGGCCCAUGGGGGCACUGCCCUGUCAGUGGGUAUUACUGACCCCCACCCAGUAAGCGCUGCCAGACUGCACAGAGCCCUGGGGCAACAGCUCGCCCAGGUAUUGCCUGCUACAUGCCAGCUGCUGAGGCUUCUCUCCUACCUCCCACAGGAGCCCCACACUUCCCUGCAGAGGGGCUUCUUUAUCUGGGACCCCCACAACUGCAGCAGCACCCAGCACAAGCUGAAGCACCUUCUCAGAGAGCACAGGCAGCACAGCAACUGCUGCACUUACACAGAGGGGCCACAGGGGGAGAUCUGGCAGACCCCAUUGGAACUGGGAAGCCAGACGGGACCUUCUCGGGUAGUGAGAGUGGGGGAGCCGGACCCGUCCCCAUUUGCGCUUAAUAUACUACUCUCUGCUGUGUACUAUUCCCUGAGUAGCGCUCGCACCGUGUUACAAGAGUGUUCUGCAUGUAUCCCAGAAGCCACGAGGAUUCUAGAACUUCUGGAUCAGUGUGACACCGGCACAAAGAAAGGACGUUAUCCUGUUAUUGUUAUUGAGGGACUUGAUGCCACAGGGAAAAGUACACUAACGGAGUCCCUGAGGGACUGCCUAAAGGCAACAUUACUCAGGUCACCACCUGACUGCAUUAGCAAGUGGCGUAAAACAUUUGAUGAUGAGCCAUCACUUAUAAAAAGAGCGUAUUAUGCCGCCGGCAACUACAUUGGGGCCUGUGAAAUAGCCAAGGCAUCAAUGGAUUCUCCGGUCAUUGUGGACAGGUAUUGGCACAGCACGGCUGCUUAUGCCAUAGCUACAGAAAUAGGUGGAAACCUUCCCAGCCUCCCCCACUGUGGUCAUGAUAUUUAUCAGUGGCCCCAGGAUCUGUUAAGGCCUGAUCUUGUCAUUCUUCUGACUGUCAGCGAUGAGGAGAGAAUGCUACGGAUGCGGGGACGUGGACUGGAAGAAACCAAGGAAGAAAAGGAAUUGGAAUCUAACACCAUGUUCCGGCUGAAAGUGGAAGAGGCAUAUAAGAGGAUAGAGAACCCCCAGUGUGUGAUCAUAGAUGCCAGCCCCCCAAAGGAAUCAGUUUUAAAGGAAACAUUAAAUGUAAUAAGGAAGCGCUGUGCCGUGUAGCUUUGCCUUCUUCAGGAGUCUGCAGUGAGACUUUAUAUCAUUGUCUGCCACUGACAGGGCUGUAUAUGUUGUAAAUAUGAAAUUACAUGAUAUUUAUCCAACUCA